UGCUGUGUCACAAACCUCAGGCCCCAAAGCCUGAACUUGGCUUUGUCUGUUAGAUCAGAUGAGUUGCAGGAAACAGGCGGCGAGCACUUGGGGCAAACUUAAAAGUGAUGUGUGUGAGCCUGUGCAGGCAGAGCCUUCGGGCAGAUGUCUUUGAAAUGUGGGAAUCUGGGAGACAUGAAGACAGAACAACAGAAGAGGACAGAUUUCAACAAGAAAAACUUAAGCUUCACUGGAUUCCCACAUCAAAGAAAAGUUCCAAGCUUUCAGAAAGAGUUCUUGCUUGAAGAUAAAGAACAACUUGCUAACUGCAAAAGAAGGAUCAAUGCUAAGCUUUUAACUGCACUUCCUAAAGUUGCAGAAUUAAGAAAAAUCUUUGAACCAAAGAGUAAAGAAUUUUUAGACAUGAAAAGAAAAGAAAGAAUUGCCAGGCGCUUAGAAGGAAUCGAAACGGACACCCAGCCCAUCCUCUUACAGAGCUGCACCGGGUUGGUGACUCACCGGCUGCUGGAGGAAGACACGCCCAGAUACAUGCGAGCCACAGACCCAGCCAGUCCCCAUAUCGGCCGAUCCAAUGAAGAGGAAGAAACUUCUGAUUCUUCCUUAGAAAAGCAGGCUCGGCCUAAACACAGCACGGAAACCUCAGGAGUCCAUAGUGACUCAUUCUGUAGUUCAGGUAUCAUGGACACCCAGGGUCUUGAGUCCAAAGCUGAAAGGAUCGCGAGGUACAAAGCAGAGAGGAGACGGCAGCUGGCAGAAAAAUAUGGGCUAACUCUGGAUUCUGAAGCAGACUCUGAAUCUCUGUCUCGAUACACCAAGUCCAGGAGGGAGCCCGAGGCUGUGGAGAAGAAGGGAGGAAAAAGUGACAGGCUGGCCGAGUCAGGCAAAGAUUCGAGUUCUGCAUACUCCAGGACUGAGAUCCCGGGGCUCAGGACCAGUGUGGCUGAAUCCCAGGACCAUGCCCUCCAUGGCAGGGAUGGUGUGUCUGAGACGGAGGUGCUUCUCAACGUGGAAAACCAAAGACGAGGUCAACAGCUGAGUGCCAUCGGGCAGCAGGCCCGUGACCUGCCCCCCGCGGUUGAGACGUCCUCAUCCUUUCCCUUCUCCGGGCGAGACUGCUCCUUCAGUGAAGUGCCAAGGUCCCCAAAGCAAAUGCACAGCGUGCCCCUCUCCUCGCCUCGGCAGCCAGCCUCCCCGAACCACUCUGGUGACCCCGCACUCCCCACUGAGGCACGAUCCAGUACAGGGAAACCCAAACAUGAGUGGUUUCUCCAGAAAGAUUCCGAAGGGGACACAUCUUCACUUAUCAACUGGCCUUCCAGAGUUAAAGUUAGAGAAAAAAUGGUGAAAGAGGAGAGUGCUCGCAGCAGCCCUGAACUUGCCUCCGAGUCCCUAGCUCAGAGGAGACAUCAGCCAGUGCCGGUGCAUUACCUGUCCUUUCAGUCAGAAAACUCAGCCUUUGAUAGGGUCACGAGCAAGGCAGCCGGCUCUGCACGACAGCCGAUCCGUGGCUAUGUCCAGCCAGCAGAUCCUGUCCACACUGCCAUGCUGGUGACCUCAGAAACCCCGGAAAGCGUGUCUGAGUACAGCUGGGUGGAAUCAGCCACCCAGAACGUCAUAAAACCUCCCACCUUGAAGGCUCUCGAAGGUGAGGGAAGGGAGUCCCCCAUUCUCCACAUCUGUGAAUCAAAAGCAGAGGAAGAUGUGCCCUUUACUGAAGCGCUCGAGAAAAGCAGGAAAUCACUCCUGGCUUUAGAGGAUGGCAGGCUUGCGAGAAGCCAGGAAGACCCCUCUGCACAUGAAGACUUUGGCAAGCCUGCGAUCAGCACGGCCACCGUAGAACAUAAAAAAGAACCGGCAAGUUUGUCGCACCCACCUCAAGCUCAGCCCCAGUUCUCUGAAAGAACGGGCAGAAGCGAAAUGGUUUUGUAUGUUCAGAGCGAGCCUGUGUCCCAAGAUGCCAGAGUGACAGGACACAAAAUAGAAGCACCUAGGAGAAAGCACAAGGUCCUCACCCGCUCCCUAUCUGACUACACGGGCCCCCCUCAGCUCCAGGCCCUGAAGUGCAAGGACCCAACGGCAAAGGGAGAGCCGGAGCUACGGAGUCCCAGAGCUGAGGGGCCCCAGGCGGAAGUGAGCCUGCUGGACACCAAGGUCUCUGUCGCCCAGCUCCGAAAUGCAUUUCUGGAAUCUGCCAGUGCCAGAAAGAAACCCGAACUUCAAUCGCGGGUUGAGAGGUCAACCAAAGGAGUUGGCUUGCCUACCAGUGUGGAACGGGAGAGAGGGUCCCGGAAACCAAGACGCUAUUUUUCUCCUGGUGAAAGUAGAAAAACUUCUGAGAGAUUUAGAACUCAACCUAUAACCUCAGCAGAACGAAAGGAAUCGGAUAGGUCUACUUCGAAUUCAGAAAUGCCAACCGCUGAGGAUGAAGAAAAGGUAGAUGAACGAGCCAAGCUGAGUGUUGCUGCCAAGAGGCUGCUUUUCAGGGAAAUGGAAAAGUCAUUUGAUGAGAAAAGUGCUCCAAAGCGACGCUCUAGAAAUGCGGCCGUGGAGCAAAGGCUGCGGCGUCUGCAAGACAGAUCCCACACCCAGCCCGUCACCACUGAGGAGGUGGUCAUCGCAGCCACUGAACCUCUCCCUGCUUCGUGCUCUGUGGCCACCCACCCUGUAAUGGCAAGACUUCCUAGUCCCACUGUAGCUAAGAGCACUGUGCAGCCUGCCAGAUUACAGGCGUCUGCUCACCAAAAGGCUCUAGCCAGAGACCAGGCGAACGAGGGCAAAGAUUCUGCUGAACAAGGUGAACCUGAUUCCUCCACUCUAAGCUUAGCUGAGAAGUUGGCCUUGUUUAACAAAUUGUCCCAGCCAGUCUCAAAAGCUAUUUCUACCCGAAACAGAAUAGACAUGAGACAGAGGAGAAUGAAUGCUCGCUAUCAGACUCAGCCCGUCACGCUUGGAGAGGUGGAGCAGGUGCAAAGUGGAAAACUUCUUCCAUUCUCACCCACUGUUAACACGUCUGUGUCCACAAUGGCAUCUACGGCCAUUCCAAUGUACGCAGGGGAUCUUCGGACAAAGCCAUCUGUGGAUGACAACACAAGUGCCACUGACUAUAAGUUUCCUUCUUCGAUAGAAAAUUUGGACUCUCCAGUGAGAAGCAUUCUGAAGCCCCAGGCCUGGCAACCUUCAGUAGAGGGCAGUGGAAGCAAAGGCACGUUGAGAGAACUGGGAGAGGCAGAAAGCAAGAGAGUUUUGACAUGUAGAGACGGUGGUGUUCAAAAGUACGAGUCCUUUGAGGAAGCAGAGCCAUCCUACCCCAUCCUUCCCCGAGUCCAGGAAGGAGAUAGCCAUAAGGAACCCAAAUAUGCUGUUCCGAGGAAGGGAAGCCUGGAGCUAGCUAGUCUUCCCAUCGCCCCUCUUGGUGAUGAGCUGAAGGAAUUUUCCACUGCUGAAAGCGCUGCACCGGGGAACGCUGACGUGAAGGACAGGCAGCCCUUUGAAGAGAAGGUGGACAUGGAGAAUGUCACCAAGAGGAAGUUUUCGCUGAGAGCAGCCGAGUUCGGGGAGCCCACUUUUGAUCAGACCGGCACAACUGCUGGGAAAACUGUUGCUCAGACUGCAGCCCCAGUGGCCUGGAGGCAGCAAGAGCCUUCCGAACAACCACAGGAGAAGUACCAUAAGAACCCAUGUGCAAUGUUUGCUGCUGGAGAGAUCAAAGCGCCAGCGGUGGAGGGUGUCCUUGAUUCACCCAGCAAAACCAUGUCAAUUAAAGAAAGAUUAGCACUAUUGAAGAAGAGCGGUGAGGAAGACUGGAAAAACAGACUUUCCAGAAAGCAGGAGUAUGGCAAAGCGUCUGCCACGAGCAGCCUGCACGUACAAGAAGUGGAACAGUCCCUCAAGAAGAAGGAAGAAGGAGGAUUUACAGAUGAUAGUGCCGUUUCUAAUCUGCUUUGGGAACCUGUAUAUGCUUCUACUUAUUCUCCUGCUAUACCUGCUGCCCAUAAAUACCUGUCUUUUGUAUCUAUUAAUCAGCGGGUCACAGAAAGUCGAGAGAACCAAAUGACUAUUGAAGAGAGGAAGCACCUCAUCACGGUGAGAGAGGAAGCCUGGAAGACAAAAGGCAAAGGAGCAGCUAAUGACUCCACACAGUUCACGGUGGCCGGGAGAAUGGUGAAGAAAGGUCAGUGUGCGAGC